UUGUGGUAUGAGGUUACACUUGCCCCCAUACCCGAAGAAGGGGUAAAAUAUAAUUUAUCCAAAUUAAAAUGUUUGAUUAGCACCCGAUCCCCCCAUUUGUUCUCCCAUAUCUCCUACGGUAGCAGCCCUUCAUCCGAGUCAUCUCGAGCUGUCUUCGAUGGCGUUGAAAGAGAGUUUAAAUAGGUUCAAGAAGCAGCAAGAGAGCGCACAGUCACUUCUUAUUGGCAUUGCAUCUGAUAGGGCCACAGCAACACCAAGACCUGCGCCUGCGGUCACUAAGGCUCCUGCACCAGCUGUCAAAUUUUCAAAUGAUACGGAGAGACUUCAACAUAUUAAUAGCAUACGGAAAGCCCCUGUUGGAGCUCAGAUCAAGCGUGUUAUAGACCUGUUGCGGGAGACAAGGCUUUCGUAUACACCAGAGCAAAUUAAUCAAGAAUGUUAUGUAGAUGUGAAUGCUAACAAAGCUGUCUUUGACAGUCUGAGGAAUAACCUAAAAGUUUCUUAUGAUGGGAAGAGCUUCUCUUAUAAGUCCAAACAUCGUAUCAUGGACAAAAAACAGCUUCUGUCCCUAGUACGGAAAUUUUCAGAGGGUAUACCGGUCAUUGAUCUCAAGGAUGCUUACCCAAAUGUGAUGGACGAUUUACAGGCUUUGAAAGCUUCGGGUGAUAUCUGGCUGCUUUCAAACUUUGAUUCACAAGAGGACAUAGCAUAUCCAAACGACCCCAGGUUGCCUGCCUCCAAGGUUGACGAUGACCUUAAGGUGCUCUUUAGGGGGAUUGAGUUGCCGCGUGAUAUGAUUGACAUUGAGAAAGAGCUCCAGAAGAAUGGGAUGAAGCCGGCCACCGAUACUGCAAAAAGAAGGGCCUUGGCACAGAGUCAAGGCAUUCCUAGCAAAUCCAAACCCAAGAAGAAGAAGCACGAGAUCACAAAGAGGACCAAGCUUACAAACGCCCAUCUGCCGGAGCUUUUCCAAAACCUAAAGAACUAGAUCAAGCCGUCCUCUUUGGCAAGUUGCGUGGUUAUACUCUCGAGGCAAAACCUUUUGGGUAGGGCCUUCGAAUAUGUGAUUGCAUUUACAAUCAUGAAGUUUAUGUGAAAGAUCUCUGAGGGCUUGUAUGGUCCAAAGAGUGUAUUAAAACAGAUGUAUUAAUCAGAUUAGCCAAGUGACAACUAUUAAUGCUAGUGAAAAACACUUUGAGAAUCAAAACGCCGCAUUUGACUGUAAAUGAGGUUUUCUGGGACUUGUUUGCCAAGCACCCCUCAGAAAUGGAAGUUAAAGAGGCACAAGACACCUCAAAGGCUUCAAUCAACGUAUUUAUUUUGCA